CACUCCGUUUUCUGUCGGAGUUUUACUAACCUGGCACUGUAAAUGUUGUGUUUACGUUUGUCAGUUAUACUAUUUGUUCGAAGUAUGUGCGGUUUACCAGCUACGUAGUUUUUUAAAAUUGAAGGAUAUUCAAAAUAAUUAAUAUACGUUAAUAAACUCGAAAUUAAUAAUUCCGUCUAAAUAAUAUGUGUGAAGUAGACGUAAAGUUUUUCCUAUUUUGUUAGUUGUCAAAAUUGUUUCUUAGAAUGUAGUAAAAUGAAGAAAAUCAAGCUGAAGUGAAAUUCCUAAUAAAACUAGCGCGACGUUCAAAUGAUGUCUAGUUAAAAUCAACUUUUUUGUUUACUUGUGUGAUCAGCAUCAGCCGAAAUUAAAAUUAUGGAGGAAAGCGUGCUAUCAGAUGCUUGCUCGCAAUUUCUUCAAAAAAUAAAAGAAAAAGGGAAAAAACAUCCAGAAUUUCGUGAAAACGUUGCUACAGUACAAGAAGCUGCAUUAUCCAAGGGUCUAGAAGACAGGGUUUUGAAAAAGGCAAUUAGAACUUUAAUAAACUCAGAUUUAAAGGCUAAUGAUAGCAUUGCUCUGAUCAAAUGUUUGAUUCCUAGAGAUAAAAUAAGCGAUGAAGAAGUCAAAGCUUUAAUUAUAUGGUUUUUAUCUAUACCUUCUUCGGUAACUACUCUAAAUACACUUGUUCAAUGGUUUAUUGGUUGUUGGGAGUAUCAAUUAAUCAAUAGAGACGCUAUGUACAUUUUUUAUGACUCUCUUUUUUAUGUAAUGCUUAAACAAGAAAGUUUAGAGUCUCGUCUAGCACAGCUUAUAUAUUUAAUGACUAAACCAGAAGAUGUUACACGUAGGCAAGUGACAAGGUUACUAAGUUUAUCAAAAUACCAUAGAAAACCCAAAAAACACAUAAUAGCUCUUCUUUCGUUAUUUAAAUCUUAUAAACCUGAAUAUGUACCAGAAAAAAUUGAGACCAUAAAUAUACAAAGUACUUGGCGGCCGAUUCCUGAAGUUUUAAGCUCAGGUUUUGCAGAAGCAAGAGAUCGCAUUAUCACCCAAAAAGUUAAGGAUGGCGAAGAUUUUGGAUGUGAUUGGAGUAGAUUUAAUAUUCCCAAAGCUAAAAAGAAUCAAGAGCCUCUACUACCAUCUGUUGGAUAUUUUAAUAUUGGUUCUAGUAUUUUAAAAAAUAAGAAUGAAAAAUUAAUUUUUGAUGUAUCAAGUAUGUCACAGAUUGGAAAAUAUCAUUCACUUUUAAAACUUCCAUGUAAUGCAACUUCUAUGUUGACCAAUUCCAUUGGAUACCAUCUUUUAAUAUACACUGAUUUGGAAUACCAACAAAGGUUCAUGCAUAAUUUAUAUUAUACGUUAUGGAAAUCAUUUAUAUUUGAAAAUGGUAGAUAUUCUUGCGAAGAGAUGGAUAGUUUGUUAAAUAUGACAUUAGAUUUUUUUAAUUACAUGCAAAAUGGAAUUACAAUUGUUGACUACUUUAUCAAUGAAUAUUUAUGCUGUUACAUUGAUAAUCAUCAAAUUCAAAUUUUUAAUUUAAUGCAAUGGAGUUCAGCUUCAUCACCAGAACUUGAAGAUUAUGUUUUAAAGCAUUUAAAAUUAGUGUUUUACAGCUCUUCAGUGGAUAUUAAAUGUAAGAUCAUAAGAACCGUUAAAAGACUUCUUUUGAAUCUUUCUAUUGUUCAUGAUGCUUCUUUUGAAAAUACACCAUUUCCCUUUUUGAGGCAAAGUAAUACUAAUCAACUAAAAGAUAAAAUAAAGGUUCUGGAUAGUUUUUCUAAAAGUUUGAUUAUUUCUGGUUUGAAUAUACAUUGCUUUGAUUCUGCAUUUGUUUCGGAGUCAUUAUCAUUUUAUGAACAGUAUGGUGUAAUACGAAAUUUGAAACAAACCUAUGUUGCCUUAGCUCCUCCUGCAGUUGUAUAUGGUAGUUUUGUAAAUAGAAGUUGUGCUAUUUUAUCUAGAAUAUGUGCCUUAUUAUUAGAAUAUAGAAAAUAUUUCAAGGAACACAAAGAUGCUAGAAACAGUAUAAAAUGGUUAAUUAUUUAUGCUGAAGACUUAGUGAGCGCAUUAUGGUAUGAUAAUUGUUUCAACAACCGAAAUGCAGUAAAUAGAUAUUUUUUACAGGAAUUAUCAGAAAAAGCUGUUAAAAGUACCCCUACAUGUGAUAUCAAUUGUUUGUUAAAUAUCUGUCAUCACUAUGCGGUACUACCUUAUUUAUUUACAUUAAGCACAAGUGGUUUACAAAUCAGAACCAAAAAAGAUGCAAGCAGUGUUGCAGCACAUUAUUAUAUUCAUAUUCAUCAAUUAAUAUUUGCCUUACUAGGAAAUUGAGUAUUUUCGCACGAUUCCAACAACUAUGAGCUCACAUGAUAAUUAACUAUAUUAAAUUAACUUGAAAUUAAUAGAAAACAUCCGUUAAUUUUGAAUAUUUGUGCAUAAUAAAUACAGUCAUUAAACAUAUACACUUUUUAUGUAUAGCAUUGCUUAUUAUUUUAUAUUUUCCAAUUGUAAUAAAAAUUGUACAUUUUUAUAUUUCAUUAGUUGAUCAUUUUUCUAUAUAUUUUGAUAGUGUGACAAACGAAAUUGCUUAAAUUAUAAGAGCGUAUAUCUUCAAAUAACCUUUGGAACAAAGUAUCAAAUAAUUGUUAUACCAUGUACAUUUUUAAUAAAUAAAAUUUUAUUUUUAUUGUAAAAAUAAUUUUUUU